AGAAUAUUUUCUUUUGUCUCACCCCACAUUCGCACUUGUUUUGUUUUUUCAUUUUCAUUUCCAAAUAUUUUAUUAUUAUAUUUUUCAUUUCCCCCCUUCUCUUUCUGUAAUUAAAAACCCUAAUUUUGUUAUUGCCGCACUUUCUCUCUCUCUCUGCACCGUUUUCUCUCUCUACCCCUCGGAACUCAAACCCUAAAGCUUUCAAAUUUGCUAUCUUUAUCACUCUCAUGGCGACGGGGCGGGAGCAGCAGCAGCAGCAACCGUACGAAGGCGGAGGAUUAGGGGCAGGAGGUAAGUUUCGGAAGAAGCCUUUUAGGAAGACCACUCAUUCGACGCCAUACGAUCGCCCUCCCACGGUGUUUCGUAACCCUAACAAUGGAGGAGGUUGGCUCUCGAAGCUCGUCGAUCCGGCUCACCGCCUCAUUAGUUCUAGCGCCCACCGCCUUUUCUCCACUGUUUUCAGAAAACGCAUUACUCAGCCGCAGCCGCAGCCUCAGCCUCCAUCAUCCCCGUUACGGCCAGAGGCAAACUGUGAAGCACGGAAUACGCAUCAAGAAACGGUUGCCACAGAUUCUUCUGGAGCACAAAAAGGAGCCAUUGACCAAAGCGAUGGACCAAGUAAUAACUCUAGUAGAGAGGAGUUGACUGAGCUUGAGCAAAUUCUACAGCAAAAAACCUUUACCAGAUCUGAGAUUGAUCAUCUGACAGCUCUACUACAUUCAAGAACUGUUGGUUUGGCAGUUGAAAAUAAGGAGAAAAAGCCAGAAGUGAUUCCUUUGAAAGAAGUGGGAUCUGCUGAUAGACAGGAGGCAUUUACUACAACUUCUGUCCGAGGAAAUAUGAUAGAGAGCGAGGGAUUGCCAAAAACUGCGUUGCUCGAAAAUAUGACAGGAAGCCAGUUUGUUUCAACUCCUGUUGUCAAUUCAACUGUCCUUGAAGGGGAUGCUACUUCUCCUACUGAUGUGGUAGAGCUUGCAAAGUCUUACAUGCAUAAAAGGCCAAUAUCUCCAUUAAUGUCAGGAUUUCAAAGUCAAGCAGGAAAGGAGAAUUCAUCUGCUAUGUACACCCGUAAUCUAACUUCUCCUUUGAAAUUACCUGUUACACCGCUUGUCCCAAGAACUUCAGGCCAUGUUGAAGCUCGGGAAAAUGGUUUUAUAACCCCAAGGUCUAGAGGAAGAUCUGCUAUUUAUAGUAUGGCCCGGACGCCUUAUUCUCGGAUUUAUCAGACCACUAGCCUCAAGAAUGUCGAGAAUGCAGUUGAUGUUUAUACUGGUCCGUCAUCAUCUUCUCAAGUUGCUCCUGAUCAAAAUCUGCUUUCUAGAUCCAAACAGGGGUCUUCAAAACGCAGAAGUUCAGUUUUGGACAAUGACAUUGGAUCCUAUGGUGCUAUACGUAAAAUUCGUCAGAAGCCAAACCUUUUAUCUCCAAGAGGCUUGAGUUUACCUGUCUCCGGUAGCCCUUUUGGUUCAGCUGGAAGUCAAAACUCAUCAUCUUCAGCACUGAAGCCAUCAUUUGGUGAACCUAGGCGUAACUUCUUUAAACCAUCAACUGAUAAUGGGGAAAAUGUUGUGUCUAAUACAACUGUUCCCUUUAAAUCCAGUGAGAUGGCCUCAAAAAUAUUGCAGCAAAUUGAUAAGUUGGUCUCACCUAAGGAAAAAUCAUCUCAGUCCAAGGUACAUGCUUCAAUGGAUAAAUUACCUAGUAAACUGUCACCAUCUAUGCUACGUGGACAGGCUUUGAAAAGCCUUGAUGAUGUAGACUCAUCAAAAAUUUUCAGUGAUAUCCAAAAUAACAAGUCUUUGGAUAAUUCACAUGAUAUGAGAAUACCUGAUGCUCAGGAGUUUACUUCUCAAAGGCUAGACAAGGCUAAAGAAAAUGGUUUUAAGCAUGAUUUUCCUUAUGGCCAAUCCACUUCUAAAAUGAAUGAUAGAGAUUGUACUGCCUCAGAAGUUAAUGGUGCAAAUUCUAUUGUGCCUAGAAAAGAUUCUGUGCCUAGUAGUGUAACUUCAGUACCUGCUGCAUUAAACUCCGCUGCAUAUCCUCAACAUAAGAGAAAGACAUUUCGGAUGAGUGCCCAUGAGGAUUUUGUUGACUUGGAUGAUGAUAUCCAUUCGAAUGGGUGUACAUCUAAUUCAUUGGGUGAGGGUAGAGUAAAGGAGAAUUCCUCUUUGAUAGAGAGGACAAGCAUUGCAACUGAAGAUGCUAUACCUGAGAAAACUUCAGCUUUGACUGAAAGUAAACCUGCAGGACCUGAAUUUAAUAAGAAAACUGAUAAAGGAACUCUUGCUGGGUCUAUGACUGCUGAAAAGAGUGCCAACAUUGUGCUCCCAAGUACAUCUCCCUGCACAACAGCCCCACCUACUGAUUCUAAAGCUGUACCAUUCUUAAUAACUGAUAGUGCUACUCCGCUGAUGGAAUCAAACGUUUCUACUUCCAUGUUUAACUUUGGGGGUAAGAUUGCAUCAUCAAGAGAUACAGACGCUGCCGCUCCAUCCUUCAACUUUGGCCUCAAAAGUGCUGAUAAAGUUUCAAAUUCACCAUUUUUGUUUUCCUCAUCUUCUGCGAGUGGAUCUGAGAAUGUUAACUUUGGUGUUGCUUUAGACUCAAAGCCUGCAACCUCAAGCAACUUGUCCACAACAGCAACCGGUGCAAUAGAUUCUGUUCCAAUGUCACCUGAAGCAGAUAAGAAUAAUUCAAAUGUAGGAGUUUCUUUUAGGACACCUGAGACUGCACUUCCAUCUGCAGCUUCAUCAUCAAGUGCAAAUAUAUUUGCCUUUGGAACAACACCCAGGGAUGGUCUUAAUAAUGGAUUUUCUGCUUCGAUAUCUUCUACUCCUGUAGUUUCCAGUACAAGUCAAAACACAUCAAAUGGAUCACUUUUUGGAAAUAGUACUAGCAAUGUUCCCACUCCAAGCACCACUACAUUUGGCACUGGCAGUGGCAGUCUCUCCACCUCAACACCAGCUCCAGCAGUACCUGUAUCUCCUUUUGGGUCAUCAAAGGCUUCAUCCUUAGUUGCACCAGUUACAGAAAAUUCUUCAGUACCUGCUCCAUCUGUAUUUAAAUUUGGAUCAUCUACUGACUCAACUGCAGUUGCACCAGCCUCUGAAACUUCUUCAAUACCAGUUUCCCCUGCAACUAAAUUUGGCUAUACAUCAACUGGAGUUGCACAAGUUUCAGAAACCUCUUCUGUACCAGCUGCAUCUGUAUUUAAAUUUUCUACAGCCUCACCUGCAGCUCCACCAGUUUCUGGAUCUUCUUUUGAUGUCACUCGUGGGGCCAUUAAGACAGAGCAGGUUUCAUCUGUUGGUAAUGAGAGCAGUGCAGGUGUUGGUGCCACACCUUCUACCAAUGCAAGCUCUGGGAGUACACUCUUUGGGAUUUCUGCUGCUGCCACCUCUUCAACUUCUACCACCCAAUCUCUGGGUCUUUCUUUUGGUGCUGGGAUUUCAUCAGUGCCCAGUUCUCAGGCUUCCCCUACCGGGACUGGACUUGCAACAUUUUCUCAGAGCAAUCCUUUCCAAUUUGGUUCUUCUUCAGGAUCCUCCCCAAUAUUUGGGCUAUCUGGAAGUACCACUUUCUCUUCUGGCAGUUCUCCUUUCGGCUCAACAACUUCUAUUAAACCAUUUAGUUCAGGAAGUACUCCUGGACUUGGUUCUUCUUCGUCUGAAGCCAACUUGGUUAGCUCCAGCAGUACCAGUACACCUAGUGUGUUUGGUUCCAGUUGGCAACCUUCAAAAUCUCCACCUGUAUUCAAUUUCAACUCUACUCCAAGCACAUUUGCCUUUGGAGCAACUUCAGCUGCUAGCACUACCACAAACAGUUCACCGUCUAUAUUUGGAGCAUCAACGCCUGCUGCCACCAAUGGUGCGCCUGGCAUGUUUGCAUCAUCUAAUGGUGCAUCCUCAAGUUCUCCUUUCUUAUUUAAUUCCUCUUCAGGUCCUGCAUCGACACAGACUGUUUUUGGAAAUGCCAGUCCUACAUUUGCUUUUGGUGCUUCGGCAGGUCACAAUGAUCAAAUGAGUAUGGAAGACAGCAUGGCCGAGGACACUGUUCAGGCAUCAGCUCCUGCAGUCCCAGGAUUUGGGCAACAAAAUGUUACCCCAGCUCCUUCGGCCUUUGCAUUUGCUUCAGCGCCAGCUCCCUCAGUUGUUAAUCCGUUUCAAUUUGGGGGCCAACCAAAUCCGUCUAACCCACAGAACCCUUCUCCAUUUCAGGCUCCUGGUAAUCUAGGUCUAAUGGCUGAUGGAAGCAACUUCUCGCUGGGUAGCGGGGGCAGUGGAGUUGACAAGUCCAACAGAAAAUAUAUAAAAGUUAAAAGCAAGCAACGGAAGAAGUGAAAAGAUUAUGUCUAUUUUGUUCUCCUAUUGAAGCUCUUAGGAAAAUUGCAAUUGGCAAAUAAAUGUUUCUGUACAAGAUCAGGGAGCAGAAGGUUGCUGGGUUGGCUGGUCCUCUUAAAACGUUGUGAUAAGGAUCAUCAACCCCUUAAAAGUUCAGAACGGAACAGCUGAAAAUCUGCUUUGGAAAAUUUUUAGUCUUUUUUCAUUUGUUCUAUUUUUGGGUUGUAAGGGAAAAUUAUGGUCGCAAUGCAGGCAUAAGUUGUCACAAUUUUGUAUCAUUUGUAGCCUUAAGGACGAUUAUGUUUCUGUUGCUUUGUACUUUGUAGUGCAAGUAGAUCAAGUUAUUCCUGUUUGGGCAAUUGUACUAUUAGACUCUUCUCUCUUAUUAAGUGUACUCUGUAUUUGUAACAUAAAAGUAAUUGGUAUGCGUAUUUGUUAAUGAAAAGAGUCUUUUGCUCAA